GUUGUUGCUAGCUUGACAGUGGUGUCGGGUGAGGGGUCAUAAAUUGAGACAGACUCCCACAUUUGCAUACAGUAUUUCCCCUCUGCAUAGCUGGAAGACAAUAUGACCCUGCACCGCUCAACCUCUGCUCGUUAAUACUCCGCCAGCUCCGGACCGAGGAGUUACUUUCUGUAGUGGUGUUGGCUGUCUGGACCGCCACUUUCUCUACAGUUUGCUCCAUCGUCCCUGUCCGUCCAGCCGGCUGCCGCUGUCUCUCCACAGCAACGGGAGAGGUCCAGCCGAGCUGAACUCCGCGGAGCCAUGCGACAGUGGUGUGUCCCCGCUGCGACCCCUCGCACUGAACCACUCCCGGGGCGCCUGUCUGUGUCACCCCCUCCAUCAGAUGCCAGAAUGGAGUGCUGUGAGGUGGAGCCACGCUACACCAUCGAACAGAUCGACCUCCUGCAGCGUCUUCGCCUCUCCGGCAUGACCAAACCUCAGAUCAUCCACGCUCUGGAGUCCCUGGAGAGGCUCGACCCGGACCACCGCCCGUCACACUGUGGCUCUCAACCCGCCCCGUCCAACAACACCCCCACCACCGCCGCCCCAGCCCCGUCCUCAUCUUCAUCCUCCUCCUCCUCGCUCUCCCUCGCCUCUGCCACCACGCAGACCUCCGGCCUGGACGGCGCCGCUCUGUCCCCCAGCAAUAGCUACGAGGCCUCGCCUCCACCCCUCUACCCUCCCAGUGUGGCGGUCCAGCGGUCAUUCAGCUACGACUUGAUGGGAGAGGAGGAGUGGGACCUGGAGGAGAAGGUGGAGGAGUACAUGAGGAGAGACAGCAACCUGGUGAAAGAAGAGAUCAAAACUUUCCUCAACAAUCGCAGGAUCUCUCAGGCCAUCGUAGGACAAGUUACAGGCAUCAGCCAGAGCUACAUCUCCCAGUGGUUGCUGCAGCAGGGCCUGGAGAUGAGCGACUCCAAACGCAGAGCCUUCUACCGCUGGUACCUGCUGGAGAGGAAUAACCCAGGGCUGAGGUGGAGUGAAAGCCAGCACAGCGUGAGUCCCGUCAUGCCCAGGGCCAGGGGAGGGGACAGAGACGGGACGGUAGCAGGGGCAAGUGGCAGCCUCCCCAACCCCAACACCAACCUCAACCCCAACCCCGUGUGGAGCAGGCAGAGAGAGCUGCUGAUGCACUUGCUGCCGUGGUACACUGCUGCCGCCGCGGCCGCCCAGGCCCAGCCAGGGGCCACCUUAUCAAUGCGCUCUCUGGUGAAGGAGGAACCUGAUUGGAGGACAGGGAUCAUGGCCGGGGACAGAGCAGGGAUGGUGGGCGGGCCUCUGAGGCUGCGCAGAGGAAGCAGGUUCACCUGGAGGAAGGAGUGCCAAUCAAUCAUGGAGAGCUUCUUCAUGGAGAACCAGUACCCAGAUGAAGCCAAGCGGGAGGAGAUUGCCAACGCCUGCAACUCUGUCAUUCAGAAGCCAGGCUGUAAGCUGUCUGAGUUUGAGCGUGUGACGGCAUUGAAGGUGUACAACUGGUUUGCCAACCGCCGUAAGGAGAUGAAGAGAAGAGCCAAUAUCGAAGCUGCCAUUUUGGAAAGCCAUGGAAUUGAGGUGCCAAGUCCAAGCUGCCACUCAAACGGUGAGGAGGGAGAGAUGCAUGAGUUUGCCGAUCAGGUGAAUCAUCGAUUCUCAGAGCAGGAAGAGACAUCUUCCCACAGGAUUGUUGACCAACAAGACCCCUCCUCAUUGGCUACCACAGAGGUUGCAGCGCUGCCAAGCCCCACCCCUCAGGUCCUGGAUCAGAAAGAGGAGGAUUCAAAAAGGGAGACUGUGGAUGAAGAGUGACCAAAGCUAGUGGAGUUUGGAUCAUUAAUAUUUGAAUAUAAAUCAGAUGAAAUAGGAAAAACAAUAAGUGUCUCCUCAACCACCCAUGUAGAGCCUUUGGGGCCUAUGGCACCCAGAAAAUCAAAGGGAGAAGGGUGCUGAAGCUCGCUGAGGUGCCUCUGAUGGUAAGGAGGCAACUGUAUUUAUCAACAGUAAUCCUGCUUAUAUUAACGGCAAUAUACAGUAUAUAUAUAUCAAUAUAUAGUGCAUUCCAAGAUGGUAUUAAAAAGCCUAAAUUCCUUAGAGGGAGAAUUAUGUAAAGGAUACCUCGCCCAUUUUAAGCUAAGCCUUUUCUGUUUUCUUUGCAUCAUGCCUUCUUUUAGCCUUUUCAGAGAGUGGUUGUUUGAUGGACUGUGGUGACAUGAGUGCUGAGCCUGCAGGUCAGGUGUGUUUUGGGUGUGGGGAUAAAGUAUGGUAUCAAGGAUCUAGUUUAUGCUGAUACGAAUGUCCUCUGCUCGCUUGAAUGUCUUUGACCCCAUCCGGUGCGUAAGACUCUAACCUCAAUCAGUCGAUUGAUUCAAUCAGUCGAUCAAUCAACGAGUACUGUUGCUAUCAAAUCUGUAAAGCCCUGAGGGACAACUGGAAUCUCAGGUAAUCCCAAAAAAUGGUGGAUACGGACAGUGAAGAUUUGUCUUAACAUGCGCUUUAUUUUCCUAAUUUUCUUGAUCAUAACUGUGUUUAACCAAAACAGGAUGUGUUAUUUAUACCUUUUUAUAUUAGCAGAACAAGCCUAGGACAAUAUAUCAUAGUAUCUCUUUGUCAUCUUUGUUAUACUGAAUGCUGCUGUUUGGUCUUUUUUGUAGUAUAUCAUCAUUUCAAAAGUCUGUCUCAAUCCUCAACUCAGCCAGUGAAGCUAGACAACAUAAGUCUACUCAGAUUUUUUUUUUUUUUUUAAACGUUUGAAAGAACGCUAAAACAAAUGUGAUCAAAAAUAAUGCGUCAACCGACAUGCUACAAGCACCUUCUCUCCUAUUGGAAUAAGCUAAAGCUUAAGCUCCUGUAAGUUUGUAUGACUGCAAAGCUGCACUUCAAAGUGGAUCUCACUAUAAUUGAAAGAGGGAAGCGUUACAGACUGUACCUGCGUUUGGUACGGAAGCCCUGAGAGGCAAAUGUUGGAAAAAAAAAAUCGGGUAAUCUAAUUAUCCAAGUUUAAAGUAAACUGUUUUCUCUCCUGUGUUUAUGACAGAAGAAAAGUUGGGAAAAAUAUGCUUUAGCAGGGUCAUCUUUCUAUGUUCCUUCAUUUUUUAAAAUUGAAUCCGUAAAAUAGAUAAACUGUUGUUUUUUGUAGCCUUUGCUUGUUACAAGUGUUUAUUGUUGUUAUACUUAUGUCGGCCACAAGAGGCUGCAGUGCACCAUUACGCCAUGCUAUGAAUACGACUAAAAGCAUUCAUGUUUUCUUUCAUGUGUUCAGACAACACAAAAAAAAAGACCCCAAACAAUAUGAAACAAAAAGUCAAUGCAAAGACGCGGGUACGCAGGUGAAAUUCGUGCAGGUGACACAAAUGAGACAACCCUGUGACGUGAAGACGCAAUAUUUGCAUGAAGCGGCGUCAUAAAGCCGAUCAUCCAAGCAUUGUUCAGAAAACAAACAUUUUAAAAGUUGUUCGCUCGUCGUCCUGCAAACAAACCUGACAAAACAUGAAUUAAUAUUUUUAAUUAGCAUCAUGUUGCUGUUAUUUCUGACUUUUUAAAGCCAUUUAUAUCCAUUAAACAGCUAAAUCUGUUUAUGUUGGGUACAUACCACUGCCAAACGGCGUACCGGCAGUCAUCAAGUUGCAGUACCUGGAGAAGAUCGUAAAAUAUAUCAAGCUGUGCGUAACUCCAGAUGAUAUUAUUAACCUAGACAUGACUGGUUUUCUGAUGUAUUUGGGACUUCCACAGCAUGUCCGCAGCAAUACUAGUUAUUUCGUCCACGAUUGAUGAUGGUGGUGUUUUUUGCACUGGCGCGUGUCGCACGAGUAGCAUAAAAUAAACACGUGGUCUUACAGUCAAACUUGAACAAGGCGAAAGUUGUGCCAUGGGUAAACGCAUCAUAAGAAAGUGAAUCUUAUGAUACAGGUAACAAAUAAAGGGUAACUUUGAAAAAUUAUCCUAGCAAAACUUUUCCCCCCUUUUCUCAAGUCAUAAACACAGGAGAGAAAACAAUUUAGAUCAGACUUAUUUUCUAGCAUGCCUCUCGGGGCCUAGACAUGUACAUAACCCAGAGAAUUUACACGUCUAUGGGUGCUUUCCUUCAAACGACAUUAGCACUAUAUAGGAACUGUUGUUUGUCAAACUUGAAUAGCUGACUCUAACUGCAUAAAUAGUCCCCAAUAUUUACUGGCCCAAGGCCUUGGGAGUUACUCCCGUAACGUUCAUGAAAUGGACAAAGACGCUUGUUCUCAAACGGCCCCAACAGGGCGCUACCAUGUUA